GGCUUCUAACCCAUGAAGGAUUUUCAUCCCACACCCUCAAACCAAAACUCUCUACACACGAAGAAAAAACAGUAAAAGAAAGUUCUGAGGCAACCUAGCUCUAAUUAAGCCAACUGCAAUGAAAGGUGUUCAUUUCCUCAUAAGCACUCUUGCCAUAUUGGCAUCUGCAACCUUCCUUGUCUCUGCCUCUGACCCCAGUCCUCUUCAGGAUUUCUGUGUAGCACUUAAUGACAACAAAUCUGCUGGUGGAUAUUUCGGUGCAAACGCAGUGUUUGUGAAUGGGAAAUUCUGCAAGGACCCAAAGCUUGUCAAUGCAAAUGAUUUCUUCUUUUCUGGCCUCCAAAACCCAAGAAACACACAAAAUCCGCUUGGUUCAAAUGUGACAACUGUGAAUGUGGACCAAAUAGCGGGGUUGAACACUCUCGGCAUAUCCCUGACUCGCAUAGACUUUGCACCAAAUGGCCUAAACCCUCCUCACACUCACCCUCGUGCCUCCGAAUUUCUUGUGGUCUUGGAAGGAACACUCUAUGUUGGUUUCGUCACAUCCAACGGUGAUGGCAAUCGCCUAUUCACCAAAGUGUUGAACAAGGGGGAUGUGUUUGUGUUCCCAAUCGGCCUCAUUCACUUCCAACUCAAUGUGGGACACGUCAACGCUGUAGCCUUCGCUGGGCUUAGCAGCCAGAACCCAGGAGUGAUCACCAUAGCCAAUGCAGUGUUUGGCUCCAAGCCUCCCAUCAACCCUGAUGUUCUAGCCAAGGCCUUCCAAGUGGACGACAAUGUGGUUGACUAUCUUCAGAAACAGUUGUGGUACGACAACAAUUAGUAAAAUACAACAAUAAUCAUAUGCGAAAAAGCAUAAAAGGCCAAGGAAAGAACAACCAAUCGAUGUGCUUGUUUGGAUGUAUUAAGUUGGCCAAUAUGUUUUUUCACUACGUACCUACAACAAAUUACUAUGAUGUAAUAUUAAUUGAAUAAGAUUGAAAUAACAUAAUUUCAUACUUACCCUUUGG